CCUCCGAUGCAUAUCGAGCCUGUUCACUGCUUCUACCGCUACUACUACUACGUUUGCAAGGCUGUCGCUGCAUUUACGAGGCUGCUUCCCUUCGCGGACAUGUAGAUUUCCCCAUAUUUAGACUCGGGCAUGUAGACGGCUCGAGUCAGGCUUCGGCCACGGAAGAGAAUGUACAUGGUAUACACCUGUUCAGGUUUACGACGCAACGCCAAGCGCCUAUUAAUACACCCGCUUGUCGCUGUCCGCUCCUGUACUUAUUUCUCCGCUUACGGAUGCCAAGAUCCUUCCCGAGCGGAAUAG